AGGAGUGAGGAGAUAAUUUCACCUUUUUUUAUUUUCUGUUUUCUUUUAAUAGUCUGCUUUUUGAAGGAUCGGGAAUGAUGUGGGAGCUGAAGUCUAUCUCCUUUUGGAGGGCAGUCUUUGCAGAGUUUUUUGCCACCAUGCUCUUCGUGUUUUUUGGACUGGGCUUUACCAUGCGAUGGUCUCCGGGCCCCAUGAACGUGCUGCUGGUUUCUCUGGGUUUUGGCUUUGUCCUGGCUGCCCUGGUACAGGCGGUUGGACAUGUCAGCGGGGCACACCUCAACCCGGCCGUUACCUUCGCCUACCUGCUGGGGGCGCAGCUGAGCAUAUUCCGCUGUGUAAUGUACAUUGUCGCUCAGCUCCUGGGGGCAGUGGCGGGGGCAGCAGUGCUGUAUGGGGUCACCCCUCCCUCAGUACGGGGCAACCUGGGGCUCAACACGCUGCACGCUGGAGUGGGUCUGGGCCAGGGUACAGCUGUGGAGAUAUUCCUUACUCUUCAGUUCGUACUCUGUAUUUUUGCCACAACAGACGUUCGCAGAAAUGGAUUCAUGGGCUCAGCUGCUAUCAUCAUUGGUUUUUCUCUCACUGUGGGUCACUUCUUUGGGCUGUAUUACACAGGAUGUGGAAUGAAUCCAGCCCGUUCCUUUGCACCAGCCAUACUUACUAGAAACUUUGGAAACCACUGGGUAUUCUGGGUAGGUCCUCUGAUAGGAGGUGCUAUAGCAGCACUGCUUUAUGAUUUUAUCCUCUUCCCCAGGAUGAGAGGUGUUUCAGAGAGACUUGCUAUUCUUAAAGGAGCUCACCCUCCAGAAGCUGAGGGGCAACAAGAACCUCGGAGUGAGCCCAUCGAACUCAAAACACAAGCCUUAUAAAAAGCUAUUUUAAGAAAGGAGUUUACAACACAAGAACUAUCCUAUCAUCAAGUGACAUUGUGAAAUUUACUUUGUUGUUACUGAAAAAGUGUGCUUGAAAGAACAUGAAUGCUGUUAAUGUCCCCAGUGAGUCAUAGAUAAGAUGCUGUAUCUACAAUUACUGUACAGACAGGAAGGUAUCUGCAAAAAACAAAAACACAACUGAAGAUAGAUUCCCUACUGUGUGGAAGCAGGCUAUUGAGUCCACAACAACCUUCCAAACAGCAUCUCACCCAAACCCACCCCCUACCCUACCCUACCCCUGUAACCUUGCAUUCUCCAUGGCUAAUCCACCUAACCAACUCAUCCCUGGACACAAUGGAAAAUUUAGCAUGGCCAAGCCACCUAACCUGCACAUCUUUGGAUUGUGGGAGGAAACUGGAACACCCAGAGGAAAACCAUGCAGACACAGGGAGAAUGUCUGUCUGGAACUUGCAGUCGCACAAGGUUGGAAUCGAACCCGGGUCCCUGGUGCUGUGAGGCAGCAGUGCUAACCACAGAGCGCCAUGCCUAAUUAAGAUUAAUUACUCAAAUUACUCAAGGAUUUGAAUGUAAUAAUCCACUCAUUAAUUGGCAAAAAGCCUAUUUAGAAAUGGGUUAUCAGGAACCUUUUUGACUAUGCUUUACAUUAAAACAUAUAAUCUA